AUGACUUGUACAAAUGAAGUGAUGACUAAUAGACCCAUUCUAGAAAAGAAUGUCGACUCGGUAAAGUAUGUUAGUGAGGAGACAGCUUUGGGGAUGAGUAGAAAGGCUUUUGAGAGAAGUGCCAAAAUUUCCUUCUUUUCCAAUAUUCAAGAGUUGUUGGAUGAUGAAAAUAAUUCAAAUAGUAUUGUUAGUAGCAAUAGUAACAUUUUGGGUCAAUAUGCACAAUCAUUAUCGAAGGCUAUUGGUAUUGGAUGUACAGGAGCUAUCAGAUCAAAGACUCCAAAGAAGGGAAAGCAUCAAGCCUUCAUUGCUGUAAAUAUUAUGAAUAGUGAGGGCAAAGUUGUGAAUAAGACCUAUCACUUGAUUUUGGAAAAGGAUAGGAGAGAAAGAGAGGAAGAAGAAUGUUUGAUUAGCUCUCUAAUUCUCAAACUUUUAAUAGAAAAUUCUCUUCCACACAACAUUAAAACAAUUGCAGAAAAUCAACAAUUAAUCUCUGAAUUUGAGAAUAGUUUUAAUAGUUUAUUAUUUGAUUCUGAGAAAAUCAGUGAAAGAGAGUGGACCGAGGAUUGUUGGGAUUUCAAUAUGGAAAAGCCAUUAGUUGGAUUGUACACAUUUGAUGGAGUGAAUACUUUCAAGUUGGGUCAUUCUGAAUCGAACUCAAUUCUCAAGGAUGAAAACAUGAAUUACAUAAUUUUCCCUGGAAGUUUCAACCCACUUCACAUUGGACAUGUCAAGUUGAUGGAAAGAGCUAGAGAAAUUGCUCUCUCCCAUAUGAACAGCUAUCAACAAGCAGUAGGUCUACAAUCACUCUUUGAAAUUUCCGUUCAAAACGUUGACAAGAAGGGAAUUGAUGAAAUGACAGUAACACAACGAUUGGAGGAUAUGAAAGCAGUAACCUCUAAUUUCUCCUGCAUUGUUACAAAGGCUCCACUUUUCAAUCAGAAAGUAACACUCUUUAAUAGGGAGACCAAGCUUUUCAUUGUGAUCGGAGCUGAUACAGCCAUUAGAAUUGUCGACAAGAAGUAUUACAACAAUAGUGAGAGUGAAAUGAUCAAUGCAUUACUGAGCUUCAAGAAGGAGAAUUGCCAAUUCCUCGUGGGAGGAAGAUUGGAUCAGAAGGAGAAACAACACUUUUUAACCAUGGAAAAAAUUCAAGUUCCAAGUGGCUUCCAAGACUUGUUUGUUGAGAUUCCCGAUUUUAGAGUUGAUAUUUCAUCAUCAGAGCUGAGAGCAAACACACCACCUUCCAAUACACAUUGA